GCACAGGCAUGGGGCUAUCAUUAACCCGAGCCAUGCGGAACUUUAACCUUGAAAAUCGGGCUCAUAGGCUUAUUGGCAAGGAGAAGCCGAGGCCGGCGCCCACCCACCCCAAAACAGAGGAUGCAGUGAGGGCAACCAAAACACAUCAUCCGGACAUUGAGGAUAAAAUUCGUAACAAAGAUAAUCUGCUUCUGACAAGACUGAAAGAAGUUUAUGUUGACUCCUAUGACCCAUCUUCUGGGGUACAAACCAAAGUGAGCAGAUCUGCUCAAAAAGAGCACAGACUUCCUAAAUUUGCUAUGAAUCGAGAGUCCCUUAUGGGUGUGGAUGUCGAAAGUAUUCCUAAAGGGAAUAUUUCUGUGCUUGAGGCACUUACACUUCUCAACAACCAUAAAAAUUCUCCAGAAACAUGGACCGCUGAAAAGAUAUCAGAAGACUACCACCUAGACUUAAAGAAUACCCAGUCACUACUAGAAUAUUUUAUACCUUUCAAUGUGAAAAUCAUUCCUCCCAAAGACAAGAAGCAAAUUACAGACACCUAGAAAACUGUACAGCAAUUGUCAACUGAAAGACCUUGUUUGAUUUAUCUAAAAUUUGCAAGAAUAACGGGCAAUUAUUUAUAAAUAUUUUUAGAACUUUGUUUAUCUGAUGGGUAUUUUAUUUUCUUUAACCCUUCAUAUGUGUGAUUUCUUACAUUAAAGUCUUUGCUCAGA